AUGCGGGGAUCCCUGCCUGGGCUACCUGGAUGUCGAGAGUUCGUUCUCAAAAUUUUAAAUGACGUAGAAACCAGCAAAGAAUAAUUUAUAGAGAUUCAGUGUAGAACAUGGGUACAUAUGCUCCACCCCAGUCAAGUCCAUUCUCAAGACACACUUUGUAAAGUGCAAAAUCCCCAGAAUCUACCAACCUAGCAUUGCUCACUCAGGGCCUGUUCGUGUUUCCAUAGCAACAGACCAAGAUAGUAAUGGUAUCUCUUUGGAGACCGGUAAUAUUCCUUUAACCGUUAAAAAUCUUAGAAACCUCGUUCAUGGAAUAGAGAUUUAUAACGGCGAUGAAUACUCUAAGGAGGAAUUCCUGGUGUGUGCUGUUUUCCUUUUGAACUUUGUACUAGGUGAAGUAUUGAAUGAAAUACCGCUGAACACUCAACUGCUGUUUACUGCAGAAAAGGUCGUGGGCAGCAUGGAUCGGAAUUUAAAGGUAGGAGAAAAUAGACACCUUGUUGAUAUUUCAAAGGAAUCACAAACAAACAAAAAAACUAAAUAAGCCUAAACUAAGCACUAUUAACCUUAAGCUAAAAGUGACCAGAAUAUAUUUUUCCUUACAAUAUCACCCCUAAAUCAAACAUUAAGGUCAUGAGAAUGAAGGAAGUGAUCACCAACAAAAGAAGCUCUUGAUCUUAAACAAAUUCUCCUCGUGAGCACCUCAGGAAACGUACAGAGAACAAUAUGGAGAUUUUGCAUUGUAGGUGUGAAGGGUUAAUAUUCUCGAACGAUACUCAUGGGUGAUAACAAAAUUGUUAAGCUUGAAGGCAACAUAAAUUAGAGGUGCGACUUAGUGCGCGCGCACAUUUUCAAUUUAUAAACGCCAUGCUGACUAGAUCCAACAAGAUGAAAACAGCUAUCAGAGGUUCCUCUCGGUCUUCAUUCAGAGUGUUUGUGCUACCGUUGUCGGGUUAAAUUUUCUUCUAUGAUCAGCCACUGCAGUGUACUUAACAAAUAGAGAAGCCUUGACUGUGCUCUGUUCUGUUAUAAAGCACGCAGGAAGCGGCUGGAGCACGAAAGAAGUGUAGGGAGAAACACGAGACGUAGUCGAGUGUUUCUUCCCACUUCUUGAGUGCUCUAGCCGCUUCCUAAGUGCUUUAUAACAGAACAGAGCACAGUCAAGGCUUCUCUAUUUGUUUUAUAAUAAAGAAUCCGUUAAAUUCCCCAUGUAUUACUUUCAAUUUUCAAAACAAACUUUAUUUCCAAAGCGAAGAACAGUGUCGUCAGCAUGCUCUAUACUCUCAUAGAGCACGCUACAAUAAGCCAAUCAGAAUCCCUGUUAGAAUGGUUCAAAUAAUCUGAUUGGCUGUACAAGACAAAAGCUGUCAAAAGUGUCAAACCAUCAAAGUUCAAAAACCAUCAAAGUUCACACUCUGCGAUAGUUUACAAACUAAAAUAAUUCGGCAGGUCGAAUUUAACGCUUUUGCCUGAAGUUUUUCAUUCAGAAUCUUGAAGUGAAAUGUUCAGUGAACUUCAGCCGAAUUAUGGCUCAUAAAAACACGCGGGUUUUUUCACAUGACAAGGUAGAAAACAAACUGUUCAAGGCGAGUGUUUUUUAAAUGAAUGACAGCCGAAUUCACCGGAACAUGAAGAUCGCUCGGGAUGACAGCGCCGCAAAACUCGGCUGCAGUGACUGAAGUGACUUUCCACUCAACACAUUGGAAAGGAUAUCAGAGCGAGCUCUUAUUUUUUCACUCGAAGGGCGGCAUGAUAAGUGAGUCGCGAUGGACUUCAGCAUGAUCAUAUUUGCUCAGACACCGUCAUGAUUAGUAUGAAUUUUAAAAAUUAUGCCAGUUUGAUUAUAUUUUUCAUCAUUUCUGUUUUGUUCUGUUUUGUUUUUGAACUCUGAACUUUAUAUACUAUACGAGUGUUGGCUGUGUUUGAUUUUCAUUACCGUACGUAAGCUUGCUAUCUAACUGAGCGUGAAAAUCUUUAAAACUCGGAAUGUCUAUUUUGUUUUUCCUUUGAGGAUUUUCGUAUCUGCCCACGUUUUAAUAACGUAAAUAACGGCGCCUGGUAUGUUUACAAACCUUUCUUUGGUUCUUCUGUUACUACUUGCCGGCUCGCUUGUUCCGAAAUUUCACUUUCAAUUAUCGGAAAAAAGCUAAAAAGAAGUCCCGGAAAAGGUCGAACAUGGUACAAUUUGGCAGAUGGCGUGACAGCUUUAGCUCAGUUCUAUGCUCUAUACUCUCAUAGAGCACGCUCUUUCAACCAAUGACAGCGCGCGUUAUAUCCGAACUUUAUUAUAGCAUUAUUUAUGCCACUUUCUCUGUUCGAUAUGCUCAAGGAAAAUCAGAUUACUCUCAUUAUCGUUAUUACCAUUGCCGUUAUGAUCAUUUGAGCAAUUCAUUUCCGAUUGAAUGACGAAAGCAAUCCGAUACUGCAUUAGUUAUGCUUAACCUCACUCUGUGAUUGGUCCAGAAAAGUCGCGCCACUGGCCACUCUAGCAACCAAUCAAAUACUGAACUAAAAUGACAAGGACGCAUCGAAACCAGUCGCUAGGCACUUUAAUCUUCCUAAUCAUUCUAAACAGCAUAUGGCAAUUUGCGGCCUUUCCUUACAUCUAGGCAGUUCGGAAAGCCGUAAAACACUAGAACAAAAAUUUAUAUUCCAAAUCGGCACCCUUAAUCCCCACGGAAUCAACGAGCGCUUUUCAUUCAACUAAUUUAUUCCUGUUCUCUCGUCACCAUAUUCCCACCAAUGGCGUAACUCCACUUUCUGCAUAUAAACCCACACAUAACCCACAAUUCCUCUAAUCGCUCUGACAAGGGGCUAACGCUCGAAACGUCAGCUUUUUUACCCUUUACGGUGGCUAAUUUACGUUUUCAACCCAGUUGUUAACACUAAAUUACCUGAAAUACUGAACUAAAGCGGUCCUCCGCGUUUCCCGCGCAUAAUAAGGCAGUUUGGUUGUGUUUACUUUGAGUUGUCAUUGGCCUUUAGGUAUUGUUCCUUCCCCUGAUUGGCCGUUUUGAUAACUUUGGUUUUGGUUUUACAACAAUCAAUCGAAGAGCAGUCUGUUAGUAUUAAUACUCAUAGCAAGUAAUUUAGUGUUAACAACUGAGUUGAAAACGUAAAUUAGCCACCGUAAAGGGUAAAAAAGCUGCCGUUUCGAGCGUAAGUGUAACCGCCACUAAAGCAAGGUUAUCCUGUAUUUUAGCAACACAGGUACAGCCUAGCCCUUCGUCAAUCGCUCUGACGAAGGGCUAACGCUCGAAACGUCAGCUUUUUUACCCUUUACGGCGGCUAAUUUACGUUUUCAACUCAGUUGUUAACACUAAAUUACCUGCUAUACUCUCCCACCGACGCAGCACCACAGUUUCUUUAGAAACUUACCUCUUUAUUAAUAUUCAUAGUUACAUAAGCCGAUAUAUAUUUAAGUUGCCGAUGCUGUCUUGAUAAAAUCUUACAUCAUCUGUUUAUUAAAACAACUAGGAUUUCGUCUAUGCAAAGUUGGAGCGUCCAAACUUUAGCUGGGACUUGUCGAGAGUUGAUGAGAAAAUUCAACCUUGUCCUGAAGCUGUUACUGAUCCUCAUCAUGUUGAAAUGGUUCGAGAGGUUUGUGAAGCUUUUAGAAAGAAUGUGAAACCAAAACUACAUCUCUUACCCAAGCAAAUCAUCCACGGGGAUCCAAAUUACACCAAUCUAGUAUUUUCUUCCCGUUAUAAGCAUUGUUCUCAGUAUUCGGUGCAAGAUAUUGCUUUCAUAGACUU